GGGACGACCGCCGCCACCGCUGCGGCGUCAGAGGCGUCUGUGGCAGCUGCGCAGCGACGAGGUCUCUACGGGCUUCUGGUCCCGCUCCUCUUUGCAACCCCCUUAAGCCGUGCUGCGGCUGUUGUUCCACCUCCGGGCAUGCCGCCCUUCGCGGCCGCCGAAGGGAAGCUCGUGGCCUCGGGGGUGAGCAUCCCGUUCAAGCUCGCCCCGCUGCCGGAGCUGCGAAAUGGGUCCGACCAGGCGAAGGACACGCGGCGCCAGAUAUAUGUCGUCCCGGCGUCCGUUGCAGGCGAGACGUUCGAGCUAAUUCUGGACACGGGGAGCGCGGACCUGUGGGUAGACACCAGCAUACUGCUUUCCGGUGUAUUGUCUGCCCCAGAGCUCCAGGACACCGAGCUCCCCAUUCAGCUCAACUACGGGCUGAACGGAUCGGACACCACUGCCCGGGGCACGGCGCAACUGGCGAACGUCGGAAUGGGAAGCCUGACCGUGCACAGCCAAGCUUUUGUCAACGUACUCGGCGCGCCCGCAGUUACGCAGUAUGGCGACCAGGGAAUCUUAGGUUUAGGCCCACCGGGUCAGUGGAGUGUCGUCCGGAACGCGCUGUCUAGCUCGCAGUGGAACGAGAAGACAUUUUUGUACAAUAUGUUCAAACAGCAUACAUCUCUUGGGAAUUUCUUUGCCAUCGGGUUUGGGACGAGGGACCAUGCUGGCGUGGUGCAAGGCGGGAAUUUGUCUAUAGGCGAAGUCCCCUCCACUCGUGCGGAAAUCGUCGAUAUGCCGAAACUGCCGCUUGCCACAGGACGAGUGUGGGACGUAUCCUCGGGAGGAUUCUUGGUGAACGGGGCCGCGCCUAAUGUUUCUGCUGCCACCAAUAGCGCCGUGGUAAAUUACGGAAUGAUGUUAGACACCGGCGCGUUUGGGGCGUACAUCCCGCCGGAAUACCUAGCGGCGAUUUAUAGCCCCGUUCAAGGAUCCUCCCUGCUAGAUGAUGGCGCCUGGAGUGUACCAUGCGAUACGAGGAUGAACGUCUCGGUCAUGUUCGGCGAUGUUGUCUACCCCAUCCAUCCGCUGGACAUGACCGAAGUGUACGACGUACAAGAAGGGACGGUGCUCUGCAGGAGUCUUUUCCAACCCAACACUGACCCGAGGAUACCGUUCUUGAUUGGCCUCAACGUUCUACGGAACACAUACAUGUUGUUCAACUACGGGGACGUGGAUGAUCCCGCGAACACGGCGCCGUACAUACAAAUACUCAGUAUCACAGAUGCGGAGGAGGCUUCCAGGGAGUUUGACGCAAUGAACACAGCCCGCAUUGAGGCUUUCAUGAUCAUCCGCCGCAUCUCGAGCUCGUUCUUCCCGCGCCCGGACAGGCCCUGGAGCGAAGACGCGACCUCCACGGCUCCUCAGAUCGGCCGCAAGCGGAGGCUGAGCACGGACGAGCAGGAGGAGCGCGAGACGACGCCUUCGGCGAAGAAGCAGCGCGCGGAGCUUGAAGAGCAGGCAGAGAGCAAGCGGGACCAGUCGCCUAGCCAGCCGGGGAAGGAGACCGAAGAGGUGAAGGAGGUGACUGAGGGUGUGCGCGAGGUCGAGCUCGAGGAUGGCAAGGUCGCCUCGACAUCACACGCUGUCGACGGGGAGGCGCCAGCGGAGGGUAGCACGGAGGAGGCAGCUGCUGUCCCUCUUCCGGACUCCCCGGAGUUGAAGGCGACCGUCACCCCGGAGAAAGUCGCAGACGAGGGCGCGAGCAAGGCGGAGGGCUCAGCAGCUGCAGAAGAAGACGCAUCGCCGGAGGCCGCAGAGACGACGGUCACUGAGGACAUCCUCGCAGCAGCGCUCGAGGACGAUGUGCCCGGCUUGACGCUCCCCGCACAUACCGAUGAGGAAGUACCCUCCACUAAGGCGGCCUCCAGCAUACCCGCUUCCCAUACCCCCGCGGACGCCGCCCUAGAGACGACCCAGGAAGCGAUCGCAGCAUAAUCGCGCCCGCACUGGACCCACGCCCUCUUGGAUACUGCAGUGUGCCGACGUCUCGACGUGCUUCUCUCCCAUACCUCUCUCUGCAUAUACACAUACACCCACACAUACCGACCGGCCUCAAUAUUUGCCGCGAUACCCUCGCACCACGCUCGCAUCCUCCUCUCUGCUGCUCGUCCUUGGCUCGGUCGGACGCACCUGCCUAAUCUAUGGAGAUUAAUGUAUACUGACCGCUGCUAUGUUGUUUGUACGAUGCGUCCCCCACGUCGCUCUUUACCAUCUAUCAUCCAUCUCGCUCGCACCGCUUCC